GGUAAUAAAGCAUAAUUUGUUCGACCGCAAUUACAACCAGCCUGAAAACAAUGACCAGUAGAACCUGCAGUCAUUUAUAUUAUUCUUAGCAAUGAUUUAGGAAUCCUUGUGAGUAAGUAUUAACUAGGUUGCCACUUUUUGUUCGGCUAUUGAAAUUGAACUUCUGUUAAUGAAAAUAAAUAGCUAGUCGGCAACAUAACCCUGUUGCGCAAAGCUAACGUAAUAAGCAGCCAGCUAGCUUCAUCUGGCUAGUGAGGCUCGACCGCAACGGGUUAUGUGUUGUGAAGCUAGCCACAAUAAGGAUUGGGAACAAUAGUGGAAUUUUCGGUUUGCCUUCAAAAUAAGUGUCAUUGACAGUAAUACACAUUUAAUUAUGCCAUUUUUAUUUUGAAGGCUAACCGCAAAGUCCACUAUUGUGACCAGCUUCACAUAAAUGGGUCUGACCACCAUGAAUCAAAAACUGUCUUAUAAUUAGGGUUAUUUUUGAUUACACCUACUACUAUACAGUUAGCUAGCUAACUAUAGCUACUGAAACGGAUGUUGUGUGAUUUGACAUCUUUUUUUGACAUGCAAAGACCGAAAUGGCAUUCCAUUGAAACAUAGAAAUCCUGGUUGAGAAUGGAACGACUGAACAACGAAACAGCACAGCAAAUGUAAACAAUGGUUGAAUAAUUGUCAUCGAACUGACUUGGAGCCAAAAACCCCUGAGGAGUUGCACAAUUCCUUCAAAAUAUGUGCAAAUCAUUUUGAGCCUUCCUUGAUCUGUUGUGAUAGCACUUUAAGAACAUCCUUGAAAGAGGGUGCUAUGCCAACCAUAUUUGAUUUUACAACACAUUUGAACAAUCCAUCAGGCCGCAAUGGGAAUAAGAGAAUAAGAGAACCUAGUGAGGUGGAGUUUGCAACCUUGAAGAAAGCUAAAGGUGAUUGGUUUGAAGAUGCUCCAACUGAGGUGAAAGAUAAGCCAGGAGAGAAUAGUGCAACAUGUGAUCUAUCGCAAGAGGACCAAAGGAGAGAGGAUGUCUCCAACUCCAAAGCAAAGGAAAUCCUUAAAGUCUACUUCAAGGAAACUCUUGCCUUCACUGGAUUCAGCAUAGGGAACGAUGCAAACCCCAACACUGAUGAGCCGAUGGGAGGCCACAGGGGACAACAGUCUCUCAACCCCAUCUGUGUUGAAAGAAUUGACCAGAAAGAUGUCCUCCAGUUCAGUGAGAACCUCAUGCGGGAGGAGAUCCGGAACAGUUUAAGGUUGGCACGCUUUUUCUCCAUUCUGCUGCAAGAUGUCACAAACAUAGAGGGAAAAGAUCAGAUCCCAGUUUUCAUCAGGUCCGUCACUGUGGCAGGUUUCCCUCAGAAACACCUCAUGGGGUUCCUGCCCUGUGAUGCAGAUUCUGAGGGUCUGUUUUACAUGCUGCUCUCAGAAAUACGGAAUAAGUGGGGGCUGCGGAUGGAGCAUUGUCGAGGACUCACCUACCUGACCACAGGCAUUCUAUGUCAGAAAAUGAAGGAUCUCACCAGCAGGAUUCUGCAGGAGUUUCCUCAGGUAGUGCUAGCACCUAGUGACCCAUACGCCUUUAACAUGUGGCUCAUCCGCUCCAUGCCCAUGCCUUCCAUCCAGAAGGUUGUGAACACAGUGGAGGAGGUCGCCACAAUGCUUAGAGGGUCCCCAGAUCUUUGGGAAAGACUGGAAGGGAAGAUCAAGUCAUCUUACGGCCACCUUAAAGGUGAAGUGGACAGGAUCACAGAGGCUUGCCAGAACACCUGGGAGUAUGGUGUUGAUGCCUUCCACACCAUGUUGGACAUUCUUGAGCCAUUCCUCGCCUGCAUCAAUGAGGUGUGCUCGGCUGCAAACGCAGACACUGCUACCUGUGAGCAGAUGGCCAAGCUCAAGCCGAUCCUAAAGAACUUCAAUUUCCUCAUCACCCUGGUUGUCCUGAAGAAUACCCUCUGUUGUGUGAGCAUCCUCAACCCGAGUCUCAGGGGAGCCAUCAGCAUCAGCAGCACCUUGCAGUACACAAUCUCCAACGCCUUAAAGCUGGUCAACAAACAUCUGCAGGAGAUAGCAAUAUUCCACAGGAAGUGGUUUUCUGACGCAGUGGGCAGGGCUAAAAAGCUGGGAGUGGAGGUUGCUAGGCCGGAGGAGAGCUCACCUGAUACUGGUGAGGCAGGUGCAACUGAAACCCCUCUGGAGGAUUUCUACAGAGAGACUCUGAGCAGGCAGAUCUUACAGUACCUUGUUGCGGAGGUAAAGAGGGUGUUCAGCACGGAGAUGGUUCGGAUUCUGAGAUGGCUCUCGUUGGUGCCGUCUUAUAUGGCUGACCAUAAUUUCAGUAUCCGCAGGGAUAAAGUGGCGGAUGCGAACUUGAACAACCUUGCUCGACCCGACACGUUUUACGAUGAGCUUGGUUGCUGGGAGGUGAAGUGGAGACAUGCUAGCAAGCGGAGGAUCCUACCCACAACAGUGUUUGCAACAUUGAAAAUCCCAGACAUUGCAUUUUACCCAAAUGUGCAGAGCCUGCUGAGAGUUCUGGGCACCAUCCCCUGUGUGAACGCAGAGGCAGACGUGUAUGGGCAGUACAACAUGGUGCUGGAGCGGUACCAGUCUUACCUGAUAGCCACACCGGAGGAUCAGAGACUGUGCAACAUGGCAUUUGUCUAUGUCAAUCAAGAUGUGCACUUCAAUGUUGAAGACAUGGUGGAGUCCUAUGUGGAGAAGCAUCCUGACAUAUUGCAGUUGUUGCAUAUGGAUGAUGAGGUGAUGGAGAUGCACUCUGCAGCUGAACCAGUCUCUGAGAGUGAUGGAAAACACACUCUAAAGGAGAAUGUUGAUGAAACACAAAAAGAACCACAGGAAAUGGUCUUGGAGAUGGAGAGAGUGGAGCAACCAAAAUGCGUAGCCUCAGAGACUAAUAAGGAGGCGCUCAAAUCUGCUCUGCAGGCUGCUGUGACAGCGGCAUAUAACAGCCAGAGCAGACAGCCUGGUGAGGCCUCUGCUGAACAGGAUGGUGAGGUUGAAGACACAUUGAAAUAUGUAUCGAAGUCUGAGAUGAAAGAAGUUCUCAGAGUAUGCGAGGAUGCAGUCAGGGAGGGAAUACUUUUGGAAGUUGGCACUUCCUUUUUCUCUCUGUUCAUCGACCGCGUUGUGAAGUUAGGGGAGAAAAAAUAUCUUCCCCUCUUCCUCAGGUUUGUGGACAGUUUUGAUGUCAUGCGAUUGGAGCUCAUGGGUUUUCUGGAUGUGGAUUUUGACUGCGAUGCCAUGUCAGAGCGCAUAUUGGAAAUUGUCACCAAAGAGUGGUGUCUCGAUUUGUGUUACUGCAGAGGUCAAGCCUACCUAGGAUCCGGUGAUGUCUCCUACAAGCUGAAAGCCUUUGCCUGUAAAAUCCAGGAAAAGUACCCCCUUGCAAUAUGCACACACAGCUCUUGUUACUCGUUUAACACAUGGUGGUCAAAAUCCACCCCUGUGCCGUCAGUCAAACGGGCUCUGGAUGUUUUUGAGGAGGUGUUGAUGUUUUUUGGGAGCACGCCUAUGCUUGAGAAACAGCUGGAUCAUGUCAUUGCAUUUGGUCUUAGGGAAAGCUAUGAAAAGGUUCAAGAACUGCAGGGUAAGUUCUGUACCGUCUGGCAGGAGAAGCACGAUUCCUAUGAAGUCUUUGUGCAGAUGCUGGAGCCCCUUGUUGAAUGUUUGGAGAAAAUCAAGACCAACCCACAGAGAUGGAAAUCCUCACUCUCUCUAAAAGCUGGAGCACUGCUGCGUUUGAUAAGGGACUUUGAUUUCAUUGUUCCCAUGGUAGCCCUGAAGAAUGCCUCGUCCUUUACCAGGGAGCUGAGUGCAGGACUCCAGAAGGAUCAUUUUAGCGCAGCGUCACAGCUUUGCCAGAUCAGUGGUAUAGUGGCUACUCUAAACAGGGUCAAAACAAACAUCAAGGUCUUUCACCAGAAUUGGUUCGACGAAGCCUGUGCCCUUGCCCAGAGUCUGGUUGUGCAGAUAAAAGUGCCUGAUAAUUCAUCUGCGGCCAGGGAUAGCAUGAUCAAGCCAGCUCUGUAUUACAAAGAUUCACUGAGUGUGCCCCUAGUGGACAACCUCACCAAUGCUGUGAAGGAUCAUUUCUCUGAGGACCACAAAGAGGCCCUAAACUUCUUAUCCCUGGUUCCCUGCUCUGUGACUGUGAGUUACAUGUUUGAGAUCCUGAGGUCAAAGCCUCCUCUCUACGCCAGUGAUCUGCCUGACUCUGACAACUUCUUCACAGAGUUGUGCUGCUGGAGGGUGAAGUGGAAGACCAAAGUUGCGUCAGUGACCAUCCCAGACACCAUCUUUCAGACUCUCCGUCUGCCACUCAUGCAAUACUUUGGGAACAUCAAUACAUUGCUGAGGAUCAUGUCUGUGUUACCCAGCACAGUACUGGAGAACUGUGGGGAAGCGAUGCGCCACAAGAUGUUCCAGGAAUACCUGAGGAACACCAGCUCCAAGGACAGGUCCCCGUGUCUGGCCAUGCUGCAGGUGGGAACCAACUUCAGCAGAGAUCUGGACCGGAUGGUGACUAAGUGCUUGAAGGUCACACCCCAGGCUUUAGAGGGUUUCUGCUUGGAUAAGGAAUCCAAAAGUCUGAUGAAGAACUCUGAAGCCAACAUGGAAGUGGAUCAUGACAAAGAUAGAACAGAGGAGCUUGAGAAUCAACAGUCUUCUGACAAGAAAAAAGACCAAGAAAUGAAAGCAGUGGAUGAGAAUGGGCAUACUGGAGAUAAUCGACAGAGUUUAGAAGCAGUGUUCAGACAGGCUGCACGUUUGGGGAAAAAUAAGUGCCAGCUUUCCGAACUCUCCAAAGAAGAUCAAGACCUUCUCAUCCAGGAUCUCAGCAUGUGCCACUGGUUUGGAAGAGAUGGGAAGUUCACGUGUAAAAUAGGAGAGGAGGAAAUGGUACAGCUUCUUACAAAAUCCAUCAGGGAAGUCAUACUCUCAGAAAUACAGGAGUCCCCCUUCUUUUCUCUUAUAACAGAUAAACCCGUUGUAAUUGCUAAUAAGAGCUAUCUGCCUGUCUUUGUCAGAUAUGUUGGGCAAUGUGUCCCCAAGGUAGAGCUCAUUGGUUUUUUGCGAUUUUUUGAAUCCUGUGAUGUUGAUGUUCAAGCCAAGAAUCUCUCUACGACUCUAACUGAAGACUGGGGAUUGCCGAUGAGUCAGUGUCGUGGACAAGCAAUCAUGCGCAUGGGCUCAGGUUGUCACAGCCUGAGGAAGAUGUCUUUGGGGUUCCUUGAGAGCUAUCCUCUGUCUGUCAUCACACCCAGUGAGUCUUGUGGUCUUGCCUGUUGGCUAGCAGGAAGCGUACACUGCCCACCUGUCACAAAGAUGCUGCGAAUUGUGGAAGACCUCUUACUGUUUUUUGACCAGUCACCUGGGCUAGAGGCAGAGCUAGCACAGGCCGUGGAUGGGUUACUGAAUACACCUCGGGAGGCCUUGGAAGAGAUUCCAGAAACUUGUUACUCCAGGUGGAAGAAGAGGGAGGACUUUUUUGAUCUCCUAGUCAACACAUUGGAGGGAGUCUUGAGUUGCUUGGAUUCAGUUAGUUCCCAUGAUGCCGGAACUAUGUCGCUACAUGCACAGGUUCUCGCCACUGCUUUGCGAGAUGCAGAUUUUGUCAUCACACUUGUGAUCCUGAAGAAUGCCUGUUCUCCUCUUCGGAACUGCAGCACUGUCUUCCGCUGUGGUAACCCUGCUGACAUCAUCUGUGAAGUGGAGAAGAUAGUACCAAUCAUUGAAACGCUGAACAAGAUGCUGGAUAACAUAAGCACUGUACAUUCACCUUGGUUUGAGGAAGCAUUCCAACUAGCAUCCAAGGUGGCCCCUCAGCAAGUAUGUUUCCCAGAGAAAGCUAACUCUUAUGGGUCUCCAGAGAUGUACUACAGGGACAACUUGAGUGUUCCUCUACUGAGCAGCCUCGUUGAUGAAAUGAAGUACAACUUCUCCGACAGUCACUUAAAAGCCCUGAAGAUCUUGUCUCUGCUCCCCACCUGCAAUCCACAGCCCAUUUCAGAGCCAAUCCGUGCAGAGUCAACAGACAAGCUAUACAGUCUCUACCUGUGUGACCUCCCUGACCCUGACACAGCAGAGCAGGAUAUCAGUAACUGGGCCUCUGUCUGGAAAGAGAAAUAUCAAGACCUCUCACCACCAGCUUCUAUCUCUGAGAUACUGCUUCACACGGAGUCUCAAUGCCAUCCCACAGUGACCAGACUGCUUAGACUGGUGGCUGUUCUACCAAGCGUCAGUAUGGAGUGGGACCUGAUGAAGACCACCCUGAACUCCAUGAGGGCUCUUCUGAAGAACACAGUCUGCAAGGGCAGUAAAACAGACACUGUGAUGCUUCUUAUGCAUUACCCAACUGUUCAAAGACUAGGGGAGGUAAUUGAAAAGUGCAUCGAAGUUGACCCAGAAAGCAGCCCAUGUCUUGAGCAGGUGAAGAAACAAAUUGAAGGUCUGAAGCUGGAAAGUGAUUUUAGAGCUUUGGAUGUAAACCCUGAUGGAAGACAUGAGCAGGCAGAUGAGGAACACCAAGCUGGUACGUCAGAUCAACUCCCUGCAGGAAAGCUGAAGGCAGAGGAGGAGGCAGAGUACUAUGUGAAAGUGGAAGAUGCUGUGAUAAAGUCAGACAUUGUGAUCGCUGAGGACGUUGCGAUCGCUGAGGACAUUGUGGGGGCCGGGGGCGGCGGGAAAGUAGAAGUCUGCGUGAUAACAGAGGAAGUCAUGUUUGCAGAGGACGAUGUAAAAGUAGUGGACAUUGUGUUAGCUGAGGACGGCGUGAAGGCAGAGGACAGUAUUGUGAUAGUAGAAGAUGGGGUCAUAGGUCAGAAGCAGGCCAUGUCUUUCUACGACCCACCUGUGCGUGAGGAAAUCCUCAAGGAACUCUGGGACUCACAGUUCUUUACAAUAAUAACGGAACGGGCAGUUGAGAUCGAGGGACAGCUCUACGUCCCCCUGUGCAUCAGGUACUUGGAAAAACAGGACACUCAGUGCGAGGAGACUGUAGCUUUCAUCCCAUUCAGCCAGGACACUGCUGUCUUGGCUGAUGCUAUUGAAACAGCCUUAUCAGAGAAAUUGGGGCUCAACAUGGAGUACUGUAGAGGGCAAGCUUUGCUAAGUGUAGGUGAGGUAGGGUCUCAGAUGAGGGCUGUUUCUGCUGUAAUAUCCCAGAAAUACCCCCUGGCCAUGCGAACAGUCAGCUCUACUCUCUCUCUGAAUGUGUGGCUAGCCAGGUCAUCUCCUGCAGUGGCAGCAGCAGACUGUGCAGCGUCUGUAGAAAACAUGUUACAAUGGCUCACAGAGGACACAGAACGACAGACCAAACUGGAGGACAUGAUCAUUGCCAUGUUCCAACAUGAUGAGGGGAAGGGUAAUGAGCAUAGGGACAAGCUUGUUAAGAACUGGGAGAAAAGUCAUGAAAUGCAUGAGUUGAUGGUAGAGCUUCUUGAGGUAGUGAUGCUGUGCUUGAAUGAGCAGAAAAGUGAGGAGAGUAGCUCAGGAAGUGGCCAAGCACUGCUGUACUUCAAUAAAGUCAGAAGUUUUGAGUUCAUCUUCUCGGCUGUCGUGCUGAAGAAUGUCCUGAGUUUGACCAAAAAGCUGAGCCAAUCUCUUCAGGGCAAACCUCUAGAUGUGUUGCUAGCUAUGAAAAGCUUACCUGACCUCCUAACUUCCCUCAAUGAAUUGAAGAGCGAUAUCGACACGCAUCAUAAGGCCUGGUAUGAGGAAGCUGUCGCUUUAGCUUCCAAGCUGCAGAUAACGCUGUUGCACUCUGGGCUACUAGAACCCCUGAGUCAGUUUUACAAAAUGGCGGUGAGUCAGAAAGUGGUAGAGCACUCCAUUGUUGAGGUCAGUGAGCUCUUCACAGAGAAGGUCCUCAGUACCCUGAGGUGCCUUGAGAUUGUGCCUUAUGCCAUGUCAAAGGUGGAAAACAGCAGUGCAAAUGCCCACCUUUUCUGCAUGUAUAAAGAUGACAUGCCUGACAUGGCCUCACUCCCCACAGAGAUGAAGUCUUGGAGAGAGAAGUGGUUGGAUCCCAUGUCUGGGUAUCUUCCAGCCACUGUGCUCGACACUCUGAAGGCAUCAGACAUUAGGAGCUUUAGUAACAUUGAAACCCUCCUAAGGCUCCUUGUCAUAUUACCAUUUUCCCGGAGGGAGAGUACCUUCAGGCAGGGAAAGAGAAGCCUCCAGGGUUUCAUACAGCAGGAGACCAGGUCUCUUUCUGAACUUCAUCCUCUGUAAAAAGUUGGUGUUCCCUCAAGCUCUCAUUAGCAUAAAGCUGGUUUCUGAGUUGGUGUCCUAUACUGCUGACCCACUGUAUCUUUGAGUAAAUAUCCAACCUAAUUUAGGUCUCAAUACAGUUUUUAACUUACUAGAAGACAUUUCCCUGCAUACAUGAAUGAUCUAAAUAUUUUGAUCAUUUUAUUUGUUUUCCUGCAAGCGUAUAUCUUUUUUGUUUAAGUUGUUUGGAUAAUUGUACUGCCUAACGGGACCAAUGUCUUGCCAAAAAUAGCAAUGCUCACCUGCGGAUUACCAAUGCGUGUGUGCCUUUAUGCAUAACUAACAGUCAACCCAAUGAACCAUAAGAAUUCAGAUGUCUGAAAAUGACAGUCCCAUCAGGCUUUUUGAAAGAACGUUUAUUUUUGUCAGCACCAAAUAACAUUGGACUGAAUUUAAGAAUCACUUGCAUCAAUUCACUGUCAAUGAAUAAGUUGUAUCAUUCUCUCCCUUGGCACAAAUCGAAAUAGUUAGUUCUAUCAUGUAGAUGUUUUAUGAUGAUUUCCUAGGUUUUUUGUCUAUUUAGGAGAGUUCAUUUUCUGUAAAGAAUUCUCCAAAUAAUGUCUCCUUAAGAGUUAAACAUUCAUAUAUAUUUGUCAAAAAAAAUAAUAAAAAGUUAUAAAAAGA